GACACAGCCACCAACGGCACGAGCUGUGCGCGGCCUCAGCUGCGCUGUGCGGUGUUGGGUCACUGCUGUGAUGAGUUGUGUGUGGCCUCGGCUGUGUUGGGCUCUGUUACUGCUGCAUUUAAUUGUGUGCCGUCUCAGCUGUGCUGUGUUGGGUUGGAUCAUUGCUGUGAUGAUCUGUGCGUGGUUUCAGCUGCGCUGUGUCACUGCUGCCACGAGCUGUGCCUGACCUCUGCAUUCCCACGCGCACAGUGUCUCUGCCUCCACGACCCGUGCCACUGUUGCGAUGAGUUGUGCGCGGCCUCAGCCACCCCGAGCUGUGUGCGGUCCGUUCUCAUGUCCCCAUUCUCUGCCCCCGCAGUGCUUUGGGACGCCACGCGGGCGCUGAUGCUGCUGGCCUCGCUGGCUGCUGCUGUCGGUUUCGCCGUGGGGCUGUCGGCCACCGGCGGCGCUGCAUGGAGGGCGCGCGCACGCACGGCUGGGAUCACCAUGCUGCUGGGCGGUGUGCUGGCACUGCUGGGGCUGGCAGUGUGCACGGCGGGGGCACGGGGCACCACCUGGCGCUUCUCCUGGUCUUACAUCCUGGGCUGGGUCGGCGUCGUCCUCAUCGGCUCUGCAGGGCUCUUCCACCUCUGUGCCGCCGCUAAGGAUCAGUCCCCAGAGAGCUCCGAAACUGGGGGAGGCUGAGGGGUUCUGGGACCUACGCCCUGCUCCUCCUCCCCCCCAAAAGACCCACAGGAGUGUGGUUGUGUGGUCAUUGCGGCACUGAGUUGCAGCCUGACCCUGCCCAACACUUUGCCCCCUCCUCGCGUUUUCCCACCCCUCUCCCAAGUUUUGUUAUGUUAAUAAACUGCCGUUCCCACCCAG